UCAAGCUGGUUAUUUAUGAACACUUUAUAAUUGUAUUUGGAGGAAACAUCUAUCCUUUUCUUCAUUAAAGAAAUCCUGUUUUGCCGGUUUAAUUCAUCAUUGGCUAAUCCCUUUCAUUGAAGCGGACAAACAAGUACAGAAAGUAAGUUGCAGUAUCUGAGUGUGACAACACAACACUGCCCCGAUCCUCUCAUCAGUUUCCUCAUUUCCCGGCCCCAAAAUGUUCAGAAUCCUCACCGGGAAACUGAGCCGCCUGUACCGAGGUUUCCGGUGGCGUCUCACCCGCCGUCGUUCCAACCCCGACUCCUCCUCCGAGGUUGUCGGGAAGAAAACCAAUCCUCCAAAGUCGUCUUACGUUAGCACAAACGAAGCCUCCAUUCAUCCGAGUAGCGGCGGCGAAUUGGGAAAGCCCAUCCGCGUGGCGACGUUCAACGCCGGGCUCUUCUCCAUGGCGCCGGCGGUCCCCAAAUCCGCCAGCUUCGACUUGCGCGACGAGGAUUUCCGACAGGAUAAUCAUCGUAUCCACGUCAGAGCUAAAUCCAUGGAUCACCGUCCCAAAAGCAUCCUUAAACACUCUCCCCUCCACCCAAACGCUAAUCUCUCGAUCUCCGAGCAUCAGCAGCAGCAGAGGUUUCCCAAGUCCAAACUCCGGGUGUCGAUAAACCUGCCGGACAACGAGAUUUCCCUGAAGAAAAGCGGGCAGUUACAGUUCACUACCUUUGUUGAAUGCGACGAGGGAAAGUCUCCUCUGAGAUCAUCAUCCAGCCUGAACUUCUCCUCCUCCUCGCCGGCCGGCGGCCGGAGUUACAGAAGUAGUACGAGGACGGUGGUGGAGGUUCUGCGGGAGGUGAACGCGGAUGUUGUGGCGCUGCAAGACGUGAAGGCGGAGGAGGAGAGAGAAAUGAAGCCGCUGUCGGAUUUGGCGGCGGGGCUGGGAAUGAAAUAUGCAUUUGCAGAGAGCUGGGCGCCCGAGUACGGGAAUGCUAUCCUCUCCAAAUGGCCGAUUAAGAGCUGUAAAGUCCACAAAAUCUUUGACGAUUCCGAUUUCAGAAAUGUGAUGAAGGCCACCAUUGAUGUCCCAGAAGUAGGAGAAAUCAACUUCUUCUGCACUCUCUUAGAUCAUCUUGACGAAAACUGGAGAAUGAAGCAGAUUAAUGCCAUUAUUCAAUCAUCUGACACGCCCCAUAUCCUAGCAGGUGGACUGAAUUCCCUCGACCAAGCAGAUUACUCCGCUCACAGAUGGGCAGAAAUUGUCAAGUACUAUGAAGAGAUGGGGAAGCCAACACCAAAGGCUGAGGUGAUGAAGUACUUAAAGAGCAAGCAGUACUGCGAUGCCAAGGAUUUUGGGGGUGAAUGCGAGUCAGUGGUCAUGAUUGCCAAGGGACAAUGUGUGCAGGGAACGUGUAAGUAUGGAACUCGGGUUGACUACAUAGUGUCAUCCCCAGAUUCAGUGUACAAAUUUGUGCCGGGAUCAUACUCGGUUUUGUCUUCAAAAGGAACCUCGGACCACCACAUAGUAAAAGUCGACGUGGUUAAGGCUGCAGGCAGUGGUUGUCAUCAUCGCCAAAGGGUUGAUAGGAAGAAACAACAAAAGAAACAAGUCAAGAAGAUUACAGACGAAUUAUACGGAAAACACAAAGAUGAUACAUAUGCUAAAGUUUAAUUAACAUUUGUUUUCCUCUACUAUCCUGUCCGGUUGAGAUCGAGGUGGGACUUUGGAGAUGAAAGGGCAGGACCUAAAGUUUGUUUUGGUUUUCUUGGUUAAUGGGCAGCCCAACAACAUCAACCAAAGACCACUUACUUUAGCUAGCUAAUUAAACCCGUAACUGUGCCUUUUUAGUUUCAAAUUUUAUUAAAAUGGUGACAUUGUAGUACAAUGUAUUUUACAUUUAUAUUAUUGUAUAUUUAUAACUAA